CGUCGUUAAACCACCUGACCCGCUCGGAGGAAUUUGAUUGGCGAGUUCGGCUUCACAACGUUGAACAACGGCGCGGUGGGUCACGUGACAGCAUCUGCUGCUGCUGGCUGAGCGAAGCGUGUUAGCAGAUUUUUCUAUUUUGUACAUACAUUGUUUUGUAUAUACUGUAUAUGAUGACUUCAGUGGUCAGCAAUCAAGCCCGGGGGACUCGGGACAGGACACUUCCCGCCACCACACAAACAACACAGCCACAGAAACAGAUACAGGCCACAGCAGAACAGAUUCGUUUAGCCCAGAUGAUCUACGACAAAAAUGAUGCUGACUUUGAAGACAAGGUCAAACAGCUGAUUGAGGUAACUGGGAAGACCCAAGAUGAGUGCAUGGUCGCUCUGCAUGACUGCAACGAAGAUGUAAACAGAGCCAUCAAUUUCCUGCUGGAGAGCACAUCUGACACAAACUCCUGGGAGACUGUGGGGAAGAAGCGCAGCCUUGGGAAAGAAGGAGGACCCUCAGAGAUAAAGGAGAGCAGGGAGAAGAAAGGAGGAGAGAGGGAGGCCAGUCGUGGACGUGGGGGGUCCAACAGGAGGGGCAGAGGCAUCAGCCGAGGGCGUGAAGGUCGGUUAGAAGAGAAUGGGUUCGAGGUGGCUCCUGGAGAGAGAGGAGGAGAGAGAGGAGGAGAGAGAGGAGGAGACCGCGGACGCAGGGGGCGGGGCAGAGGGGCAGGGGUUCGCGGUAGAGGAAGAGCAGCUGCUGGCAACAGGUUCUCCACCCAGGGAAUGGGCACCUUCAAUCCUGCUGAUUACACGGCUAACUCUGGAGCUCGCCAGGAGACGUGGGAAGGGGACGGCAACGAACCUGCUGAGGGAACUGGAACAUGGGGAGGCAAUCUGGAAGACUGGAAUUCAGAAGACUGGAACGAGGAUUUGUCUGAGACCAAAGUAUUCACUGCCUCUACUGCUCCAGCAAACCACAUCACACCUGGACACAAUGUGGACCUGGCUAGCCUACUGCCUAAGCCUGGAGUGGCUGUAGGGGGUUCUAUGGACUCUGACUUGGUGGCAAUAGUCGACGGGCCCUCAGCCGAGGAUUUGGGCCAAAGCCUGGUGUUUACCAAUUCCCACCACAAUGGACGCACUGCAACACACAGCUACGCACACGCCACCGCCAACAGCUACGCCCAUGCCGCCUCUGCUGGUACCACCUACGCGCAUGCUGCACUGUCCUCAGUUCUAGGUUCUGGUUUUGGGUCCCUGAAUGCACCUAAGCCGACAUCUGCCUCUGACAUGAGGACACCAGAGCAGCUCAAUGGGCCUCGGCUUGGUCAGAGAGCCAGUCAGACGUCGGGCACCACCAGCAUCAGCAGUGUUUCCAAAGAUGCAGGACCACCUCCAAUACAAAACCCUGCUCCUGCCUCAUCUCCUUCUGUCGACAUCAAGGCUCAAAGAGUUGAGAAUGGUCCUGUUACUGCCCCACACUUGGAAAUGAAGCUUCAGCCAGAGCCAUCAGCGGUGCUCAGCCAGCUUGCUCAGAGGCAACAACAAUCCUCCAUCCUUCACACCGCGGAGCCUCUGGGCCUGUCUCAUUCACAUGCCCCACAGGUCCCCACACCGCCAGGUCACGAGUCCUCCAUCGCUCCUGUAAGAGAUGGAGCCUCUCCAGGAGUGAAGCUGCCAGGCAUGGAGCCUCCCAUCACAGAAGCCCCUCAGCGGCAGCUAAAGACACAGAGACGCAGAGUACCUCCUCCCUCAAAGAUCCCGUCGUCAGCAGUGGAGAUGCCGGGCUCAGCGGAUAUAUCUGGCCUGAAUGUUCAGUUUGGAGCUCUUGACUUUGGGUCUGAAGCUGGCACUGGAACGGUAGACAUGGCGCGUACCGAGUCGGCCAGGGAGCAAGCCCCGACUCAGGCUCCAGCUCCCGUGCCUGUCCCUACUGCUGUUCCCACUCAGCAGCCACAAAGCAGCCUGUUCUCCAAGCCAGGGUCUAUGAGUGAACACAUGAGCAGCUUAUCCACCUUACCCUCAGCCGUAUCGGAUCCCAGCUUCCCCUCACCAUCCUUGGGCCUUCCCAGUGCCACGCCCUCCCCCUCCCUGGGUCUUCCCAGUGCAGCCACUCCACCCUCUUCUACAGCUCCUACAGCAGGCAGUCGGGUGGAGAGCAGUGGCCCAAGGUCCCUGCCACCUCACAUGGGUUACUCUCAGAGCAAAGAUGCCUCAGCUGCUGCUCUCACAAAUGGCUACAGUGGCAUGAAGACGCAGAGCACACAGGACACUACAUCAACGUCUAGAACAGUGAAAACGGAGUCUCCUGUUAUGACGAGUGACAGCGGCCCCAGCCACCACAUCCCCUCCCCUGCGGUUACACCUUCCCACUCAACACCUGUCCCCUCACUCAGCAGUCACGUGACCAGUACUCAUUCAUCUGGAUCAGUCCUUGCCACAAGCUCCUCCCUCACUAUAAGUAAUGAGGAGAGCAGCAGCAGCGGUAAUCUCCAUGCCUUUUCAUCGUCGUCGUCCAGCCAAGCUGUCCAUCCCAGUCCUUUAGCUACCCUGGCUGUCAGCAGCUCAGCAUCCAAUGGCCUGCAUCCAUCUGGAGCACCGGGACUAACUCCUAAUGGCACAAACAGCACACUCUCAGCUGGCAGCCGGACGGCACCCCUGCUCACCACCACCUCCGGUAAGCUCAGAGGAACUUACAGAACGCAAAUUUCUCCUCCCAACUUGGCCCAAGGAGUGCCCGCCUCUCCUUGGCACCAGUACAUCAUGGGCCCUGGCGGAAACAGGAGUUUUAUCACUAAAAACAAGAUGAUGGGGUGUCCUCUUCAUUUUGAGCGGUACAUUGAAUUUGAACACAUUACAGCAUUCUUUCCUCCGUUAUCUUUACAUCAACAGCAGAUCUAUGGAUAUGAGGACUUGCAGAUGCUGCAGUCUCGCCUUCCCAUGGAUUAUUAUGGUGUAACAUUCCCUGGUACUACGGCUGCCAUGCCUGGAAGAGAUGGCCUGACCAAUAACCCAUAUUCUGGUGAGGCGACAAAGUUUGGAAGAAAUGACUCUUCAUCUCCGGCUCCCCCAACAAGCCUGUCUACAGCUGGAGUGCAGUCGCAGCCCCAACAGGCUCCGCAAGGAGGUACACAGGGGCAAGGCCAGGGACAGAACCAGGGUCAGCAAACGCAGAACCAGGCCUUUCUCAACCCCCCCCUGCCUCCUGGCUACGGAUACACUGGUCUGCCGUACUACGCUGGUGUGCCGGGAGUUCCCUCCGCCUUCCAGUACGGCCCCACCGUCUUUGUGCCUCCUGCUUCGGCCAAGCAACCUGCAAUGGGCCUGGCCAACCCUUCCAAUCAGUACCACCAACAGCAUCAGCCCAGUUACGGACAGCAUGCAUAUGGCACAGCCUUUGAUGACCUGUCUCAAGCCCACGGGGAGUACAGUAAGGGAGGGUACGGAGGCUCUGCCCAGUCUCAGGCCAAGGCAGCGGGCAGCGGCCCUGGGAAAGAUGAUUCUACAGUCAAGAGUGUUCAGGAGAAAGCACCGGGAUUGUCAGGGUCAGGUACCAGUGGAGGAGUACCUGAUAUGGGAGGUUCAAUCUACAGCAAAACUCAGUCAUUUGACAAGCAGGGCUUCCACACGGGUACACCGCCUCCCUUCAGCCUGCCUUCAGCACUGGGGGGAACGGGGCCCCUGAACCCUGGGGGUGCUCCUGGCUACGCCCCUGCUCCCUUCCUGCACAUCCUGCCACCACACCAACAGCCGCACUCCCAACUGCUGCACCAUCACCUCACACAGGAUGGACAGGGUCCUGGUCAGCGCAGUCAGUCCAGCAGCAUGCAGCAGAAGACCCAAGGCAGCAAGUCCAGCUACGGCAGCUCCCCCUACUGGGCAAACUGAGGAAUGCUUCCCACUCCCCCCUCCCCCAAAAGGCUGUGUGCGUGCGUGUGUGUAUGUAAAGCUAAAACAAAAAACAAAGACACACUACCCUCACAAUGAGCAACCUUGGGCUUCCUUGCCCCGCUCCCCCCACCUCCACAAGUCCUCAUAAGUCUUUUGGGUUCUCUCUUCCCCCCCCCCUUUUCAAAAUUGGUUGUACAUGUAAGAUAUUUAUGUAUGUAUUUAUAUAUAUAUACUGUAUAUGUAAUAGUAGAACAUGAAAUGUGGUUGCUGCAUUUUAUUUUUGAAGGACUUUUGUUUACUUUUUUCAAAACUGCAGGAAAAGAUGUUACAUUAAGACGGAAUGAGAUGAUUAUGAUGGUGAGAGAGCGAGUGAAGAAGACAAAGGAUCUAAAACUUCCUGUAAAAAGAAAAACAGGAAAAGGAGAGAGCUAUAGCACUGAUUGCAUAUGAGGACAUUUCAGAUGGGGGUGGGGUUUAUAAUAACUAACUGCAUCUGUCUCGUCUUUUUCUUUUUUUUAUACAUAACUUCCUGAAUGAUCAGGCUCAUCCCCCAAACUUCAUUUUGUAGCUUCCUGUAUUUCCCCUCCUUCUGGAGGGCUGCCUACUCUCCUUGUGUCAACACCUUCCCUUUAAAGACAGACUUGCCCAUCUAAAUUUUAUAUUUUAAUUUAAUUUUAACCCUGAUUUCCCUCGAAAUAAAAGUUCUGAGCAGUUGGA